AUGCCUUUUUCGCGCUCGCUAACUGUGGUUGGAUGCCACUCUGAAGGUGAGGUUGGGGAUGUGAUUACCGGCGGUGUCCUCGAUGUUCCAGGGAAAACGAUGUACGAGAAGCUAGCCCAUAUCUCAACGAAGUAUGACCAUCUACGGCAAUUCCUGCUCAAUGAGCCCCGAGGCCGAUCGUCUAUGAACACCAAUCUUCUUCUCCCACCUUGUGAUCCGCGUGCAGACGCUGGCUUCUUGAUCAUGGAGAGCGAAGAGUAUGCGCCAAUGUCAGGAUCAAAUCUCAUCUGCACCACAACCGUUUUACUAGAAACGGGCAUGAUACCCAUGAAAGAGCCCGUCACUGAACUGGCCUUGGAUACUGCCGCUGGUUUAGUAACUGUCACGGCGGAAUGUGAAGCAGGGAAGUGCAAGACGGUGGAAUUCAACAACGUCCCUGCAUUUGUCUUCGAACUAGACUUUAAAGUUCAAGUUCCAGGAAUCGGCGAGGUGUCUGUGGACAUCGCAUACGGGGGUAUGAUGUACGUGUUAGUUGACGCUGCAUCGGUCGGCUUGAAAGUAGACAACUCCCACGCUCGCCAGCUAAUCGAAAUUGGCGAGCGCAUCAAACGUGCGGUGGAGGCCUCUUAUACUGCUGUCCAUCCAGAAAACCCUGGUGUCAAAGGGUUCAGUGUCUUGGAGUACACAGAGCCUAUCAAAAUCGAAGAUGGAGUGAAGGUUGCUGUCAAUACUGUGGUCGUCUCCCCCGGGAGAUUUGACCGUAGUCCUUGUGGCACCGGAACAUGUGCGAGGUUAGCAGUUAUGCAUGCAAGGGGCGAAAUUGCCGAAGGAGAGGUCUUCAAACACCGGAGUAUUAUAGGCACGGAGUUCAUAUGCCACAUACGUGGCACGUCCAUGGUCGGAGAUUACAAGGCUGUUUUGCCUACGGUCAAGGGUCGAGGUUGGAUAACAAGCUUUAAGCAGAUUGUCCUGGAUUCAACGGACCCUUUCCCAGAAGGAUUUAGAGUAGGAGACCAAUGGCACAUGGCACCAAACUAG